AUGCUGGAGGAAUUGAGGAGCGCACGAGAGGCGAUGAAUGCGCUCUUCCCGCUCUCACCUGCCAUGUGGCAGCAGUGGGCUCACGACGAGACACGCCUCAUUGCCUCAGAUGUUGACGUGGCCAAGGUGGAAGCUCUGUACAAGCGUGGCGUGGAGGAGUAUGUGUCACCUUCCCUCUGGCAGGGAUACCUUGCCUUCCUCGCAGCCCACCACCCUGCCAUCACCACACACACCCCCGACGGUCUCAAGCUUUUCCGGUCCACAGCCGAGCAAGCUCUCUCCCAGGUCGGGCUGCAUCUGGGGGAGGGCGCAUCUGUCUGGGGGACCUUCAGGGGAUUCGAAAUGGAGGUUCUGCGGGGAGUGAAGGGAGAGGAGGAGGAAAAGACGAAGCAGGCCGCCCGGGUGCGAGGGCUGUUCCAUCGCCAGCUGGCGGUGCCUCAUUUGCAGCUGCCUGUCACGCUGGCGGCGUACCUGUCCUGGGAGGAGGAGGAAGGCGGCGAGAAGCUUCUCACACCCUCCUCCGAGUCGUCGCCUGCCGUCGAGAAGCUUCCAGGAAGUGUCAAGGCGGCGCGAGUGGAGGAAGAGGGGGGUGCUGCGGCGGCAGGGGGAGGAGGAGGAGGAGGAGGAGGAGGAGGAGGAGGAGGAGGAGGAGGAGGAGGAGGAGGAGGAGGAGGAGGAGGAGGAGGAGGAGGAGGAGGAGGAGGAGGAGGAGGAGGAGGAGGGGGAGUGGGAGGUGGUGAGAGUCGCACGGUUCCUACCUUCGACAAGACGGAUGAGCUCAUGCAGGCGUACACGGAGUAUCUGGCGUUGGAGGCAGCCAGUGGUGACAUGCCACGUCAGCAGGCCAUGCAUGAGAGGGCGGUCACAGCGCUGCCUGUGAUGUUUGACGUGUGGCAGAAAUACAUUGACCUCGUUGACCACAAGCUCAAGGUGCCUUCUGUUGUGCGCUCAGUUUAUUUCCGCGCAGCCCGAAACUGCCCGUGGGUGGGCACGCUUUGGACGCGUUAUCUGCUUGCUCUUGAGCGAUUGGGAGCUGCUGAUGCUGACGUGGCAGAGGUCUUUGAGAAGGCCCUUGUCUCUGGAGUUCAGUCCGCAGAUGAGUACUUUGACAUUUUUCUCACCCGCCUGGACGGUUUGAGGCGCCGUCUCAUGCCUCCUCCUGAACCCUCCAAGGGCGCUGCUAAAGGGGUUGUCCUUAGCGAGGAUGAAAAGACGGCGCUUGUAGCCACCUUGCGAGCAACCUUUGAGCGAGCAUCGGAGUUCAUGGCCUCGUAUUUCCCCGACCACCAGCAAGCACAACUGCAUCUGGCAGGGUACCAGGCGCACAUUGAAUGCCAGCUGGAGAAGGCAGGGGGGGGAGAGGGGGCAUCUGGGGCAGGAGCAACUGGAGCGGCAGGGGAAGCUGCUGGAAGGGCCAUCUGGGAGCAAUUCGUGAAGAAGCACGGCUCCUCUCACCACGCUUGGCUGGGCUUCACUCAGUAUGAGACGGAGAGGGGGUGCUACAACCAGGCACGGUCAGUCUUCCGCCGUUGCUACAGCCGGAAGUUUGACUCACCCUCGGGCACAGAGGAGGUGUGUUCAGCCUGGAUCCGGUUCGAGAGGGAGUGGGGAGCACUUGGCGACCUCGACCUUGCAUCAGAUAAGGUGGCCCCGCGCUUGGCAGAAGUAGCAGCAUAUCAUGCACAGGAGGAUCAGGCGCAGCUGUACCAACAGCACCGGCAGCAGCAGCAACAGAAGCAGCAGCAGCAGCAGCAGCAGCAGGAGCAGCAGCAGCAGCAGGUGGAGCAAGGGCGCGGGCAAAAGCGCAAGGCGGGAGGGGGAAGGGGAGAGAAGGGGAGGGGGGGAGGAGCAGAAGGGGGAGGAGGUGGAGGAGGAAGUGGGGAGCAAGGGGGAGAGGCUGGGGGAAGAGACCGAGGGAAGAGGCAGCGACCGGGAUUAGGGUUUGACAAGAGGCAGGGGCGAGGGAAGGAGGGGUUAGGCAGGGAGGCAGGUUCGGCAGAGGAAGGGAAAGAGACCGUGGACGAGUCAAGACGAGAUAAGGAUGCUGCUGAAGGAUUGUGGCGGAAUUCGGGAUUGAUCGCAGCAAGCCAAUUUAAGUACAACUGGCUCAAUACCCGCCUGUUUCUCUUUGCCUCUCUCUCACCGCCAGACGACUCGGGACGAGAUAAGGAUGCUGCUGAAGGAUUGUGGUGGAAUUCGGGAUUGAUCGCAGCAAACCAAUUGAAGUACAACUGGCUCAAUACCCGCCUGUUUCUCUUUGCCUCUCUCUCGCCACCAGACGACUCAAGACGAGAUAAGGAUGCUGCUGAAGGAUUGUGGUGGAAUUCGGGAUUGAUCGCAGCAAACCAAUUGAAGUACAACUGGCUCAAUACCCGCCUGUUUCUCUUUGCCUCUCUCUCGCCACCAGACGACUCAAGACGAGAUAAGGAUGCUGCUGAAGGAUUGUGUACAACUGGCUCAAUACCCGCCUGUUUCUCUUUGCCUCUCUCUCACCGCCAGACGACUCGGGACGAGAUCCUGGAGCUGCUCAAGGACUGUGGCGAGAUACAUGACGUGCGGAUGGUGUUCAACCACUCCACUGGGCAGUUCAGGGGCUUUGCCUACGUGGAAUUGGGAAGUGCAGAGGCGGUGGCAGCUGCAGAGAAGCUCAACAGGGCGCCAAUGAGAGGGCGCCAGUUCACGGCCCGUUGUAGUGUCUUUAGAUAUACGGUAGGGGUUUCUGUGGCGCAUCGGCCACUCUAUCAAAUAGGCGGGCGGGGAGGCCGUGGCCUGCAGCCUUUGUCAGCUAGUGCGAGGCGAGCAGGUCAGCUGCAGCUGAUUGGCUCUCCCACCUUCGCCAUGCCUCGUGCUGUGGGACAAGCUCUAGGGAGAGGUGUGGCUGGGAGGGUAGGGGGAAGAGGAGGGGGGAGAGCAGGGGGGAGGGGUGGUGUGGGGAGAGGACAGCGGGGCGAAGGGGGGACAAAGGGGGAGGAAGUGGGUGGAGGGGAGAAAGGGGCGGGUAAAGGGGAUGGUGGAGGGGAGGGAGGAGGGGGAGAGGCGAAUGGGGAGGCAGGAGGAGAUGGUGAUGCUCCACUUGAUUCUAAUGCUGCUUUUAGAAAGCUUUUUGCGAAGAAGCUUGAGAGCUGA